UACAAAUGCUUCAGAUAUCUGUUUAGGUGAUUUCACGCAAAUGCCUUGGGCUUGGGGGAUGUACCUUUGUCCUCCCUCACAGGCAGAGCUGGGGCUGGGGCCUCGAUCAGAGGGAUGCUCUGGCCCCGCUGACUCACACUGAUUGACCAUCACCUUAGAAUGACAAGGCCACCAUCCCCACUGUUACCACCAUGAAGCUGCUUGCUCUGACUGUGUUGCUCCUCACCGUCUGUAACCUCGAAGGGGCCCUUGUUAGGAGACAGGCGGAGGAGCCGAAUCUGCAGAACCUGGUCUCUCGGUACUUCCAGACGGUGACCGACUAUGGCAAGGACCUGGUGGAGAAGGCCAAGGGCCCAGAGCUUCAGGCCCAGGCCAAGGCUUAUUUUGAGAAGACACAGGAGCAGCUAACGCCCCUGGUCAAGAAGGCCGGAACUGACCUGAUCAACUUCUUGAGCAGUUUCAUGGACCUCAAAACACAGCCUGCCACUCAAUGAGGCAUCCAGACCAUUGUCUUCUAUCCCCAGCUGGCCACUAGAACACCCACUGGUCCAGCCUAGAGUGCU